AUGUCUCAGCAACUCCUCGUCAUCACUGGUGUCUCCGGCCAUGUGGGCUUCCGCGUGCUUGUCGAGGCCCUCAGCAGAGGCUACAAGGUGCGCGCGGUGAUCCGCAACGCAGCGCAAGCCGAGCAGAUCAAGGCCACCGAACCCAUCAAGCCAUAUCUGACCCAGGUCGAAUUCACCGUGGUUCCGGAUCUACUCGCUUCUGGCGCCUUCGACGGUGUCCUUGACGGAGCGGAUGGUGUCGUCCACGUCGCCUCUCCCCUUCCCUACCCAUCCGACGACUACAGGCGCGACCUGGUCGACCCGGCAGUCAAUGCCACGGUUGGCGUGCUCAAGUCGGCUACCAAGGUCCCCACGAUCAAGAGGGUCGUCAUCACGUCUUCCAUCGCCGUUCUCCUGACUUGGGAAUACGUUAUUUCGUCCGACACGGAGAAGGUGUUCACCGCCAAUGAUGCGUACACCCCGACCAGCCUGGACGGUCCGUUCGCGAACGCCAUGGACGCCUAUGGUGUGGCCAAGGCAGGGGCUCACGCCGCCACGGCGCGCUUUAUCGAGGAGGAGAAGCCGGCAUUCGAGGUCGUCAACAUCUUACCCAGCAUGGUGACGGGCAAGAAUGAACUGAACCGCACCCCCGAGGACGUCGGCAAGGGCAGCAACGGCAGUACCCUGGGUAUCCUGCUGAACAACAAGAACGAGAUGCCGUCCCUCGGCGCCACAGUCCACAUCAACGAUGUUGCCAGGGCUCACAUCGACGCAUUGAACCCUGCCUUCAAGGGGAACCGCAACUACCUCUGCUCUUCGGGCGGUCUGGACGGCACCACAUGGGAGGAUGCCAAGGAGAUUGUUAGGCGGAACUUCCCCAAGGCGGUGGCCGACGGCACGCUGCCCCUGGAGGGAACCCAGCCCUCGAGGCCUCUCCGGCUGGAUGUGUCUGAGACGGAGAAGACUUUUGGGUGGAAGUUUGCAAACUAUGAAGAACAGGUGAAGAGCCUUGUUGAGCAUUACCUGGAGCUCUUGGGGAAGAACUAA